GUCUCAUUAUUCCCCAAAAAAAAUUCAAGAAGAAGAAAGAAAUGAUGCAAAGUCUACAUAUCCUAACCCUAGUGUUCUACACCUCUCUCUUCCAUUUUCUUGCAAUUUCAAGAAGCCAAAACCAACCAAAUUAUUUCUACAACCAACAAAAGAACUAUGAGGGAUCAUCAGACCUCAUAGACCUAAAAUAUCACAUGGGACCAGUUCUUGCAUCCCCAAUCAACCUCUAUAUAAUAUGGUAUGGUAGAUGGGAUCCCAACCAUCAAUCCACCAUAACUGAUUUUAUAUCCUCUAUUUCGUCUCCGGCCCCAUAUCCAUCGGUCGCUGAUUGGUGGCGCACUGUCACCCUCUAUACCGACCAAACGGGAGCAAAUGUGACGAGAAAUGUGGCCCUCUCUGGCCACUUUCACGACGCGUACUCCCAUAGUAGAUACCUAACACGGCUAUCCAUGCAGUCAAUAAUCAAGAACGCUGUCACAUCGAGUAAUAAAAGGCGUGCACUCCCCCUCAACUACAGUAACGGUUUGUACCUGGUGCUGACCUCGCACGACGUGCAGGUUCAGGAAUUUUGCAGGGCGGUAUGUGGGUUCCACUACUUCACCUUCCCGUCCGUGGCCAGGGUCACGGUGCCCUAUGCGUGGAUAGGCCACAGUGGGGCCCAGUGCCCUGGGAUGUGUGCCUAUCCGUUCGCGUGGCCCGGGGGCGGGACUCCCCCGAGAGGGAGUGGGAUCAUGGGCCCGCCCAACGGGGAUCCUGGGACGGACGGGAUGAUCAGUGUGAUUGCGCACGAACUUGCUGAGGUGUCGAGCAAUCCGCUGAUCAACGCGUGGUACGCCGGGGACGACCCCAUUGCGCCGACUGAGAUAGCUGACCUGUGCUUGGGUGUGUAUGGGAGUGGUGGUGGUGGAGGUUAUGUUGGAGUUGUGAGUAAGGACUCAUGGGGGAAUGGCUACAAUUUGAAUGGGGUGAAGGGGAGGAAGUACCUUGUGCAGUGGGUGUGGAACCCUGUGAGGAGGAGGUGCUUUGGACCUAAUGCAUUGGAUUAGAUCAUUUUUAUUUUCGGCCAACUUUUGGUAAUAAUUAAGUUUGUUGAAUAUUAAUGAUUUUUGUUGGUGUUAGGUGUUUAUGUUGAUUAGUUGUACUUAGAGUAGUUGGUUUAUGUACCUAUUUUGUUUUAAGUACUAUUGAUUUUUUCUAAAGCAUUAAGGGUUCG